CAGUUGUUGUUGUUGCUGCUGCUGGGCAAACAAGUGUUAAAAACUAUUUGUGCUGCAAUAUUUUCAGCAAUUACCGACCGCCCUCGCCGCUGUUCACCACCCAACUUAACCAGCAACCCAGAUUGGAGCAACAAAAUCCACAAAGGCAUAAAGAAUCGACUUACACAAUAAAACCUUAAUCGGUUGGGUAAACAACUUGAUUGCUGUGAGCAGCCAGUUGGGUUAAUCUCUUCGAUUUGUCAAGUCCAGCAACAAUGAGCCAAACGGAGGCUAGCAAGACACCCAAGAUUCCGGACUCGGAGCCGGACGGAUCGAAGGGCAAAGGGAAGCAACAGCUGGAAACUUACCGGGUAUAUGUGGUCACCUGGAAUGUGGGCAGUCGAUUUCCGGAUAACAUAUCCCUCCGCCAUCUGCUGGGACUGCAGGAUGUGACGGUGGAUAAGGACACGAAGGAGACUAAUGCCCACUUGCCGGACAUCUAUGCGUUGGGGCUCCAGGAGGUCAAUGCCCAGCCGCAGCAACAGGUGUUGGGACUGUUCAAGGAGGAUCCGUGGACGCACAAGGCUAAGGAACUGCUACGCAACUACGACUAUGUGGCCGUAAAGACCGAGCAGAUGCAGGGGCUGCUGCUCAGCAUGUUCGUGAGGCGGCAGCACGUUGAGCACUUGCAGGACAUCGAGGCGGAGUUCACGAGGACCGGUUUCGGUGGCAUUUGGGGCAACAAGGGCGCCGUCAGUGUCAGGUUCACCCUUUACGGCUGCGGACUGGCCUUUGUGGUGGCCCAUCUGACUGCCCAUGACCAUAUGAUGGACGAGCGCAUCGAGGACUACAAGCAGAUACUGGAGAACCAUCACUACCACGUCAAGCGGUAUAGGGAGAUCUACGAUCACGACUAUGUCUUCUGGUUUGGCGAUCUGAACUUCCGACUGCAGGGCAGCGAUUCCUCGACGGAAGUGCGCGAGUUGGUACGCGAUGAGUCCCAGCACGAGGCCCUUAUCCAGCGGGAUCAAUUGUAUCAAGUUCGCGAGAAGUCGCAGCUGGCCUUUCAGGUUCUGCAGGAGCGACUGCCCGCCUUUCCGCCCACCUUCAAGUUCCGCGAGGGCACCUCCGAGUACGACCUGAAGCGGCGGCCAGCCUGGACGGAUCGGAUAAUGUACGCCGUGCAGCCACUGAACCGGCAGCCCGGCAUGCAGCUAUCCAUUGAGCAAUGCUCGUAUAAGUCCCAUCCCCUGUACACCAUCAGUGAUCACAAGCCGGUGACCAGUGACUUUACCAUCAAGCUCUACCCGAAUGUACGGGCGCCCGGCGUGGUGUUCUCGCCUCUGUCGCUCUGGAAGAUUGGGGACGAGAACACGGUGGAGUAUCACAAGCAGGCAGAGUUCGACGAGGGGUCCAACGACUGGAUUGGCAUCUUUCCGUCGGAGUACGCCAGUUUGGCGGAUUACGUAGCCUACGAGUAUGUCAAUCAGGCUGAGUCGCCCUCAUCCUCGGACUCCAAUCACCAACCGGAUCCGUUUGAGACGCCCUCGCAUCAUCGAAGGGGUCGGCAUCAUCACAGGAAUCGCCAGCGACAGCGUCGCCAUCAGGAGGCUAAUGCCCAAGAGUUGGUGCGGCUAGAUUUCGCCGACGAUGUGGAACUGCGUCACGGCGAGCAAUACCUGUUGAUAUAUUUCCGCAGCACCGGAGUCCGGGGCGUGACCAGUUUGGCCGGCGUCAGUGGUGUCUUUGUGGCGGAGAAGCGGCACGGCUCGCCCCAUCGGACGGAGUACCAUGUUGACUAGCUAGCCGAGGCUCUGGAUAUCUUUAUUCUUUAGUCUCUGUUUCCAUAACCGCCGUGUUGAUCUAAUUUUAUUGACCUCAUGUGACCGUGUUAAGUUUGCUUGUUAGCUGUUGACUCAGCGCCUCCUCUCCUCUCCCCCCCUCCAAAAUACGUUAAUACAUACAUAUGUAAUUAUACAUAAUUAUCGAACCAAUAAUAUUUGUGUUUACUACCAAUUCCACCUAUUCCCGCCCUGAAUGAAUCCCGCUUUUUCGUUUGCAUACAUAUGUUCUAUUUGCUCUGCUGUCAUUUUGUUAUUUUUAUUUGUACGGUGUCAUGGCACUAGAUAUUUGUAUUUAACCGGUUUGUCAAAAGGUUAAUUACGCCACAUUCACUGUCACACAUCUACACUAUGACACACCCUGUUGCCAGUAACAGGCAAAAACUUAUUGAUGAGAGCCAGGUGAGAGCUCUAAGCCAAAAUGGGCAGAAACCGGAGUCUGAAAAGUGAUAUUUUUGAAUGCCUCUCAAGUGAAAUAUAUAGAGAAAAGGUAUUAUAUUGAAUAGAGUAGCAAAGUAUGAAUAUAAUUUUAUCUUCAUUUAACUACUAUUUAAUGUAGGCAAAUUGUAUUUAAUUUUUUGAAUAACAAAAAAGAGAAAAGUGAACUUUUUAACCAUGAUUCUAAACCAACCAGCUCAACUUACGAAAGAUUUUUAAUGUUUUAAACAAAAAGAAAAGGUUUUUCUCCGGAAACGUAGACUUUUAUAAAGCGGCAUGCGAUGUUUUUUCCAUUAUCUGAUUGGUAUAUAAUCUAUAAAAUUUAUAUAAGGAUAGUUUAGAUAAGAACUGCACCUUAACGAUAGCUGCAACCCAAGUAGACCACCAAGCAGAAAAUUCAAGCAAUCUGCAUUGACUUCCCCCACCCACCGUACAGUGGGUCAAUGGAAAUCCGAACUGGCGCAGCCCUUGCCCACUCCCACUAAUUGGCAAUGUUUUGAUGACUGACUGACUAACUGGUGGAACGUACAGUGGGCCGUAAAAGUCUGUGGUGCCCACCGUACUCGAACGAUCGAAUGGUGUAAACAUUUUCGAGCCCAUCUAUGGUCCGAAAACCAAGAAGACAGAGAGCAUUAAUUUAUGCGGGCCCGGUCAAUUGAAAUUCGUGUGGCUUAGUAACCUUCAGCAACUAUUAGAUAACUAUAUUACCCUCAUACCAGUGGACACUUAACCAAUGUAUGUGUAUGGGUGUGCAUUUACCCACCUACCUAUAAACAUAUAAAUAUAUAUAUAUAUAUACAUACAUACAGUCGUAUGCCUUAUCAAAGUGAACAUUAAUCAAUUUACUUAAUCGAAUGAAAACGUUUACAAUUGUGUAGUAUUUUAUGAGUACAUAGGACAAUUUCAUGUUGGAUUUCAGUUAAUGAUCAGUCGAAUUAAGUGUGUAAUGACUAUAUAAACCAAACAUAAAGCAUAAUGCAAAUCAAACGCCUCAAUCACUUCGAAUACAUUGCCCUUGCACUUGAAUUAUCGUAAUUUCUAUUUAACUUUUCAAAACAGCAUCUUUAUAAAGCAUCAAUACAAAUUAUAUCUAGUGAAAAUAU